CCCGUAUUCCAGAAGUGUUUAGCUUGUUUUGCUUAGCAUCGUAGCAGGAAGACACGUGCGUUUCAUAUGCUGAAUACCUUCACCUGCGUUCCAUCAAGCCAUGGCACCGGUGCUCAAUUUAAAUAAUGAGGUUGUGAAGAUGAGGAAGGAUGUGAAGAAGGUCAAAGUUCUCACAAUACGCAAACUUACCCGACACAAUGCAAAACUAAAAUCAAAAAAGGGAACAGAAGAACUCUUACAAAAAAAUCAAAGACGGGCACAACGCCUUCUUGAAGAAAUUCAAGCGAUAAAGGAGGUGAAACCUGAUGAUGUGACAAAAACAGCUCUCCAAAAAGAAAUCAAUUUUGAGAAAAUAUGCAAAAAGCCAGGUAGCACUGUCCAAAAUAGAGCAAUAGCAAGACUUGCUACACACCCUCUACUCAGAAAGAAAAUUACAACUAUAAAAGAGGCAGUGAAAGCAUUUAAGGAUGCACGUAGAAAUAUUUCACAAGAGGAGAAAUUAACAGUAAAAGAGAAUAAAACUGAACAAACUUGUCCACAGUCUGAACCUGCAAAAGCUCUGGCUACUGAUAGAAAGGAUCAGAACAAAUUAGAGAAAGAAAAAGAAACACGUGUUGAAAAAAGAAAAAAAGAACAAAGCAAACUGGAAAAAGACAACUUAAUAAAUCUUGAUCCCAAUACACUUAAAGAAUCUGAUGCCCCAUCUGAAAAUCAAAGUAACAAAAAGAAAGGUUUAUGUAUCGAACAGCAUUUACAGAUAGUCCCUUCAGCAGAUGUUACAGAAAUGAAGGUUGAUGAAGAGGAAAAGGUACCCAAGGAGAGUGGUGCAGAAGAUGUUACAGAAAUUAAGGUUGAUGAAGAGGAAAAGGUACCCAAGGAGAUUGGUGCAGAAGAUGUAACAGAAAUGAAGGUUGAUGAAAAGGAAAAGGUUUCUGAAGAGAAUGGUGCAGAAGAUGGUACAGAAAUAAAGAUCGAUGAGGAGGAAAGGGUACCUAAAGAGAAUGCUUCUUUGGUACAUGAUGGUAAGAAGGAUUCUAGUGAUAUUGAGGCAUCGGACAAUGAAGAGAAGGAAUAUUUUGAUGAUAGUACAGAAGAAAGGUUUUAUAAACAUUCAUCUGGUUUUGAAGAUAGUAGCAGCGAGAGUGAUAAUAACUUUUUUAUUGGCAAAGUAAAGCGGACAAAGAAAAAAAAGUCAGAUAAGAAAUGCUCUGGUGAUGCACAAAAAAAAGAGCAGCAGCCUUUAAAGGAUGAGUUGAAAAAAACAGAUGCAGAAGAGCCAAAAGGAAGACACACUGAGAAACAUGUAAAACUGACAUCAUUGUUUUGCAAUUCUUUAUCUCAAACCAAAAAGAAGCCUUCAUUAUUAAAAAGCCCUCCUGUGCUUCAAGAACAAAGCAGAGGCUGCAAACCAGGAAUCACGACUGACAUUCUCAGGUGCAGAGAAACUAAUGUGUCAACAGAAAAAAGCACAAGCUCAGCUGUUCCUCAGUCAAACACACAUGUAAAAGAAAAAUUACCAAAUAAAAGCCCAUUUGGGAAGCAGCAGAAAAACCGUCAAGAACCACUUACAAAUCAGUCCUUGAACAGUAGUAAAAACCGCAGAGAACCGCAAUAUCGAAAGCCACAACUAAGCAAAAGUCCAGCUGUAAAGCAACAGAGUAAAUUUGAUGAAAAACCGCUACAUCCCUCUUGGGAAGCCAGUAGAAAACGCAAAGAACAGCUGUCUCAAAUUACAGCAUUUCAAGGGAAAAAAAUAAUAUUCGAUGAUUAGAUGUUUUUUUUAAAAAAAAAUUAUAUAUAUAUUUUAUGUUUUGGGAAUAUGUAUUUGUGUAUACCCUCCACAUGAUCUUAUAAUAAAUCCACUAUGUGAAAUGCUCA